GGGAAUUUGUACUCACUAUACGUAAACGAUAAAAUGGUGAAAUUAAGUUGCCUCUAUCGAUUGCUUUUUUAUUUAGCGUUUACUGUGAGCUUCGCUAGCUCCGACUGCGGGUGCAAUAACAAGCGCGUGCCGGAAGGAGUAAACUCGCCAAAAGAACAAAUUAUAUUCCCAAACAGCGGACUGGAAAGGGCAGAAAAACUGCUGGAUUUGGUGGAACAUUCGAAGCAUUAUGACCAAAUGAGCCUGAUACCAGGAGGAGAGCAUCUGAUCGGCACCAACGAACCAAUCUUCCCUGCCGAUCGAGAGUCACCGGCUCGUUCCGUGACCGUCCGUGAAUUUUACCUCGAUCAGUACGAGGUGUCAAAUGAACGGUUCAAGGAGUUCGUGGACCAAACGGGAUACAUCACGGAAGCGGAAAAGUUUGGCGACAGCUUCGUCUUUCAACGGCUGCUUUCCGACGAGGUGCGCAAAAAAUAUGAAGACUUCCGUGUUGCUGCCGCUCCGUGGUGGUAUAAGGUGCAGGGAGCAUGCUGGAAGUAUCCCGAAGCGGACAAGGCACGUGGCAUCGACGAUCGCCUGGAUCAUCCCGUAGUACACGUAUCCUGGACCGAUGCUGUGGCAUACUGUCGUUGGAGAGGAAAACGUCUGCCGACGGAGGCUGAAUGGGAAGCCGCCUGCAGGGGAGGACGGAAACAAAAACUCUUUCCGUGGGGCAACAAGCUGCUCCCAAAGGAUCGCCACAUGAUGAACAUUUGGCAGGGCAAGUUUCCCGAUAACAACCUAGUGGAGGACGGUUGUGAUUCCACCUGUCCCGUGACGACUUUUCGGCAAAAUCCAUAUGACUUGUACAAUAUUGUUGGGAAUGUUUGGGAAUGGACGGCGGAUUUGUGGGAUGCAAACGGAGCGAAACAGGUCGGAGAGCAGAAACCGGGUGUUGAUCAACCAAACAGGGUGAAAAAAGGGGGUUCCUACCUAUGCCAUGAGUCGUACUGCUAUCGUUACCGCUGUGCUGCUCGAUCGCAAAACACUGAAGACAGUUCCGCUGGCAAUCUCGGUUUUCGGUGCGCUGCCGAUGUAAACUAAUGACGAAACUAAUUCGCCGCACUCAUUCCGCA